GACGCCAAAGAGCCCAUUUCGACCCACUCGGCUUGGAAAAGGGAAGGGGGAAAAAGGGAGGGGGGCUGUGCUGUGUUGUGUUGGAGUGAAAACCUCGCGAAGGAUUUCUAACCUCCGAAGUAUAAAUCACGGGCGCUGUGAUGGGGCGGAAACUUUGCUAACGAGGGAGGAGCGAGGAGCGGCUUUGACAAAACUCUCUUAAAGGCGACCGAGUUGGCCUCCAGCGGGUGCGGAAGGCAAUCCCAUUCCCGGGCACGGACGGACUCCUCUUCUCGGGCCGCCUUCCCCUUUAAUGCGCGUCCCCAAUGUUAGCCGUGGGGCCGAUGGAGGCUAACCGCCCGCCGGGCGCCUUCGUGCUCAGCAGCAGCGGCAGCGCCCCGUUGGCCGCGCUGCACAGCAUGGCCGAGAUGAAGAGCUCGCUCUUCCCCUACGCGCUGCAGGGCCCGCCCGGCGGAGCGCCCUUCAAGGCCCCCGGAGGAGGCGGCGGCGGAGGAGGAGGAGGAGGAGGAGGCGGCGCGCAGUUCCCGCUCGGGACCCCGCACGGCAUCAGCGACAUCCUGGGCAGGCCGCUCGGCGCCGCCGGGAACCUCCUCACCGGCCUGCCCCGCCUCAACGGCCUGGCCGCCGCCGCCGCCGCCGCAGGGAUGUACUUCAGCCCCGCCGCCGCCGCCGUCGUGCCCCGCUACCCCAAGCCCCUGGCCGAGCUGCCCGGGAGGCCGCCCAUCUUCUGGCCCGGAGUCAUGCAGGGCUCGCCCUGGAGGGACCCGCGCCUCGGAUGCCCCGGAGUUCGCUUCGUUGUUUCCUUGCUUCACGGCUCCCCUUCCUCUCUGCUUGCAGCCCAGGCCGGGAUGGUCUUGGACAAAGACGGCAAGAAGAAGCACUCGCGGCCCACUUUCUCGGGCCAGCAGAUCUUCGCCUUGGAGAAAACCUUCGAGCAGACCAAGUACCUGGCCGGGCCGGAGAGAGCCCGCCUGGCCUACUCGCUGGGCAUGACUGAGAGCCAAGUCAAGGUGGGCAAGAGUUCAGAAAUGUCAACAUUCUCAUACAUCAUAAAAAGGCCAAGAGGACAAAUUGCCCACAGUGGCUGCUUUUCAGGAGCAGCACAGCCCCCGAAGAAUCGUGACUGAGCAGAAACACAAGGAACAGGCACAUAAAAAUUCAUCACUUUGGCCUCUUGACCUCUUACCAUGGGGUUUGGCACACCCAGUCUCAAAAAGUAGCACCAGGGGAGAAGGAAGCAGACCAGCUGAGCCGAAAUUACCGACAAAAAUAAAUAAAUAAAUAGGAAGCAUUUCGGACAAGGGAAAAGCCCACCAGAUGCUUCAUUGUCUUUAUGGAGAAGUAAUGCUGGAUAUAAGUAAAAAAAGGGAAAGGAAAGAAGGGAAAAUCAGAGAGAGAGAGAGAAGAUGGGAAAAAAGAGGGGGGGGGGAUGAUCUACCACAUGGCAUAUUGGGUGGAAUAAAUAGUGUCAUUGUUUCAGAGUAGCUCUGUCACUUUACUGACUGUGGUACAAAGGGGUGUAAAGCAAGAUUUAAUCCUGACGUUUUAGCCAGCAGAUUAAAACCAAUCGUGCCAGAUGUCCGCAAGACUGUUUAACAUACAGAAAGCUUCCCCCGCACAACUACUCUGAGAGGAGCAAAGACUCGAAUGCAUCCUUCUUUAUUUCACUUACUUUUGCCCAAGGACAAAGGACACUGUAAUGAGGUUUGAGAUGGGUUUUUAAUUCCCCUCUCUUAAAAAAAGGAACAUUGGCGGAAGUCAAGUAUGUGGCCCAAUUUAGGACAGCUAAUAAACACCUUGCCCUUUCUAAGACAGCCUCAAACGAAAGUCAACACUGGAAAAAAUAGCGCUUGAUAGUUUCAUGCUGAUAUGGGUAUUUUUUUGAGGUAUGUACAAGGAAAAGAUGCAUACAAGUCUCAAACGUCGACAUACUGCAAGUGUGUCCUGAAAUCAGCUCAACAGGCUUCUUAGACAUGCAUAUCUAAUCGUUUAAAUACUUAUAUACACAACAGAUUUACAUGUCCACCAUUUGCUUUAUUGUAAUGUGUUGUACCAACCUUUCUUAUUUCAAAAAAGCAUAUAGAAAACAAAGGUGUAUUGAUAAAUGUGAUAAAAUUGGAAAUAUCUUUUAAAAAUCAUGCUUUGAUUUUAACUUGGAUCAGUACAUGGGUGUUAACUGCACAAAUGUGAAUGCAGAAUUCAAAGACACAACUAUGUUAGUAUGAAAUAACAGUAUGCAAAGGGAUAAUGUGCACCUUAGAGGCAGAGAAUGAAGUUGAUAGCUUAAGUCUACACUGUAGUAUGAAUGCAGUUUGACAACACUUUAAUUGCCAUGGCUCAGUACUAUGGAAUCUUGAGAUUUGAAGUUUGAGAGGCACCAGCAUUCAUAGAUAAAGUCAGACUUUAUAAAACUACAAAUUCAAUUAUUCCAUAGCAUUGAGCCAUGGUGUCACCAACUUCAUUCUCUCAGGUCCCUUCCACACUGCCCCUAUAUCCCAGGAUCUGAUUCCAGAUUAUGUAUUUAUCCCAGAUUAUCUGGCAGUGAACACUCAUAUAAUCCAUUUUAAAGCAGAUAAUCUCAGUUAGCCUAAAACACUACAAGAUCCCUUUUGCAUACAAAUGUAGAUGUAGGCAUAGUUUAUAUCAUGAAAUGGUGGACCAACACAUUUUCUUUCCUUAGACAAAGCUAUAAAUGAUGUCAUUAUGACCCACUGAAACAGCAGCAAUGGAGAGCUCCCAUUUCAGUGGACCGGUGAGGCUAUUGAUUUUGUCGCUUCUUAACGGAACUCUCUAUAUAUUACACUCCAAUUAUAGCAGCUUGAUUUCUACCAGAGAAUUCGAGUUCUGUAAUUCAGGGGAUGUGGGAGAUCACAGCUCCCUGGAAGAAAAUUCUAAAAACCAAAUGACAGAUUCCAGGAUUAUGCAGAGUUAAGCCAUUAAAGUUCAAGGGUUGUAACCGUGUAGUAGAUGUAUACUCUAUGGAAGGGAUGGGGAGGGUAUGGUCCUCGGUUGUUGAUAGACCAUAAAUCCCAUUAGCUAUAGCCAACACAGCCAAUGGUGUGAGAAGCAGGGAGUUGCAGUUCAACAAUAUUUGUGGAGCCAUGUAAUUCCUAUCCCAUUCCUAUCUACGACCUAAAUCCAAUGGCUAGUCCUCAAAAGUGUAGAUUAAAGGAGUCAACAGGAUAUAUAUAUAUAAAUGUCAUAUCAGCACCUGAAUUACUGGGUCUAAUCCAGACUGGACUAGACAUUGGAUUGAGAUCAACCCUGUUUCCCCCCAAAAUAAGGCAGGAUCUUAUAUUAAUUUUUUGCUCCAAAAGAUGUGUUAGGGCUUGUUUUCAGGGGCAGUCUUAUUUUUCCAAAUUGACUUUUAAAAUGAACUAUAUCUAGGGCUAAUUUUUGAAAUAGGGUUUAUAUUUUGAGCAUUCUCAGAAAUGCUGAAAAAUCAUGGUACGUCUCAUUUUCAGAGUAGGUCUUAUUUUGAUCAGUGUGUCAGUGAUAUUACCCAAUAAUUCAGUGAUGUUACUUUUCCGAUUACCAAAAUUGGAAUAAAUUCAACAUCAUAGUAUACAUUUCCUCAGGAUGGUAUAUUAAGGAAUCAUUUGCUCAAGGUUUCCAUGUUGUUGUUAGAAUUUUUUAAAUAAUGAUAUUGGCAUUCGGGGGAGGGGAGUAAUAUUAAUGAAAACAAAGUUACCUUUACUGAGUGAUUAUCUUAGUAAGAGAUGUUAUCAUCUCUCUCCCU